UUAUAGUAUAUUAGCAUAAUAUACCAUAAAUACGGGAGUCAAAAUCAUUUCAACCUCAGUUUUUUCAUCAAAGAAGAUUUAUUGACUUGGCUGGAGUUAUCAAGCAAAGUUGGAUUUAUUUGUGGAAUUAGUAAAAUGCUUCUCAAUAAGAAGAUUGUAUCUGUAGUUAUACUGGUAUGUGUCGUUUGCCUGGCAACUUCUCAAGAUUGUCAAGCAAGGUAUGAGGUCGCGGCGAAGUGGGAAGAUCCGACGAGAGUGUGCAGAAAAGGUUGUGUAAAUGAUGCAGAUUGUUCGAAUGCUAACCAUUCUUGCCUGUGUGAUGAUCUAUGUGGAUUGUCUUGUUUUAACCCUGAUGAUGAAUGUCCCGACUUAACCGGCACCUUGGCUAAUGGAGUAGUAUGGAUGCCAGAUGGCCGCAAAUAUUAUGCUAAGGCCAAGCAUACUUGCAAUGAUGGAUAUUACAGAGUAGGGAUAGAAAAGAGAAUUUGUAGAUCUACAAGGAAAUGGAGCCACGUUCAAGCUAAUUGCACAAGAGGCUGUGCACCACCUCCAACUGCCAGUGGCGCCUAUGCUGACACAGAUCCUGACAUCCUCGGCUAUCAACCUGGGGAAACGGUGACGUACGUUUGCAACACGGGUUUCGAGGGUGCAGGAGAUUUUAAUGUCACUUGUCAAGCUGAUUAUGAGUGGUCGACUGUCCAGUUUUAUUGCGCAGAAAAGAAUUGUGGGGUCCCUCCUACUAUUUAUAACGGUGGAUACAGAGGAACAAGUUUCUUAUUCGGCAAUACUAUUUAUUAUUAUUGUAACACAGGUUAUGAUAUCUCGGGCACAGCGGUUCGGAGAUGCAUGGCUGAUGGAAUAUGGAUACCCGAAGAAGACGCGCCAACUUGCAUGAAAAAUUGUGAAUGUAUCAAAUUCGAACAAUCUGCAAGAUACACAGACCUUCGUGACAGCGAUCUUCAACAUUCUCGGCAAAUUAAUGAGUUGAUUGGAAAGUAUGAAGAGCAAUCUACUGAGAUUGGUGAACUUCGGAAGAUAAAUGCAGAGCAAUCAUCUGAGAUCAGAGAGUUAAAGAAAGAUUUGAUUGAAGUUCAAGAAAGAAAUGAUGAGUUGGAGGGAAAAUUGAAUGAACAAAAUAAAACAAAUAUUGAGAUGAAGAAUGCGAUAUCUCGAAUUGAACAAAAAAUGGUUGAAACGGAGAAGUCUUCGCAUCUUCGAACUCCAUCAAGACAGAUCCCCAAAACAACAACAAUCACUCAAACAACAUUGAGGACAACUUUUCCCCCAGAAAACUGCGAAUUGAAGAUUGAAAAUAUCUGUUAUUUCGCUGUGCUGAACCCUACUCAAAGAAUUAACUACAGCGAAGCAUUUAAGAUUUGUAAGAAACGUAACGCAGAUGUUGGUUCGAUUCGAGAUGAAGAAUCAAACAAUGCGAUUAUGGAUUACUUGAGAAGGAAUAUCCCUACUGUAAAUAGGUUGCUCUAUAUAUGGACUGGAAUCCACUUUGAUCCCAUGACCCGUGACGUCACUCCGGCUGAUUCAUUCAUACAAUGGUAUUCAAGUUAUCCAAACACGGGAAUCGAUCAUAAAGAUUUCUCAAACGUUUACUUUUCCAUACAUGUCCUCCCGACUUUCUUACAUCAGGGAAUGGGGAAUACUCGUCCUACGCGGAAAAUGCAAGGAGUUAUUUGUGAGAUCCUGAUCCAAUGAGACGUCUGCCUGGUUGUAUUUUGCUCCUCUGGAUCUAUCAUCAUUAAAAUAAAAAAUUAUUGAAUCCCGGUGAAGUCUUUACAAUUGGCAUUUCAAUUAGAUUAAACUGUUGACAAGAAUUUAUAUCGAUAUUUUAAACAGUCAUUCAACUGUUAGAUUAUUUUGUCUUUGUACAUCAACUUUUUUGAAUUAUGAAAGUAUAAAUGUAAAAUUCAGUUAUUUAAAAGUUUAAUUUGGAUAAUUAUAAUUUACAAAAUUUGGAAUAGAAAAAAUUACGAACCUGCUUUUUCGAUUCGAAAUAAAUUUAGUUUUCA